AUGGCUGACCCAUUCGCUGACAUCCUCGGGCAUGGCUUCAGGGAUUGGCAGAGGCCUGACCUCGGCAUUGAUGUAAUCCGCCAGGCUGCACCCGAUGUUCAGCACUUGAUUCUGUACUGGUCCGGAAACCAAGCCGUCUUGCGCGGGUGGGCUUCUGAGGAGGGGAUCCCACGUCUCUGUACUCCGGCAGACAAGUCUGAGUUGAAGACCGUAACAAUCCAAGCAGCUCCUGGACUGGAGUCAACUGAACGGAUGAGACGAUCUUUUGCCGCCUUCACCCGCAGCAUUGAGCAGCGCAUCAAGGACAAGUCAGCACGGCCAACCAUCAUACCAGAGUUUCAAACAUCGGGACUUCGCUGUUGGCCAUUAUCCUCCAUGGGAAAUGGCGGCUACCUUGGCGGUGAGGGACCCUUGGAGGUGGUACAUCGCGACAAGUGGAUGGAGGCCAUGGACCGAUUCCGCGGUGCCCUUCAACGAGUUCACGACAGUCUUCCAGAAAUGCAUCGCCGGCCAGAAAGGGUCAAAGUGGCGUUAAUAGAUGAUGGAGUGCGACUAGACAAGCUCUCCGUGUACUUUGGCCAGAUGGUCGAAGCCUCGGGCCUAAGCUACUAUCCUCGCGGAAAACACACAGAGGAACCCUGGCAUAACUCGACCCACGGGCACGGAACGGUAAUGGCCAACAUGAUAGCACGCAUCAACCCGUGGGUAUCGCUGUGUGUAAUGCGCGUGCAUGACAUCCCCUCGAGGGAUGGGAAUCGCAUGAUCACUCCUCGAAGUGCCGCAAUGGCUAUCCGGGCUGCAAUUGGGCGCAAAGUCAACAUCAUUUCCAUGUCUUGGACUAUCUUAGCCAAGAGCAAAGAUAAUGCGUCUGGUAUUCAUUCCAGUGAUGAUACAGGAAAAUCUGAAGAAGAUCCCGACCUUGAGGAUCUAAGGGCCGCCAUCGGAGAGGCAGUCGAGGCAAAGAUUCUCAUCUUCUGUUCAGCCAACGACGACAUCAGUUUGAAAGUAACGGACUUCCUGCCUUACCAGAAGGCCCCUAAAUACAUAUUCCGCAUUGGGGCAGCAGAUCAACACGGAAAACCAGAUAAUGUCUCGGAGGACUUCAAAGCAAUGAACUUCUACCUCCCAGGAAAUAAGGUGGCCGAGACCGAAAACCCAAACGCCACAACACCGAUCUCGUAUCAUACUGGGGCAUCCGUGUCCACGGCGCUGGCAGCCGGAAUGGCGUCAUUGAUAAUAUACUGUGCCACCCUCGGGAAGGUAUACUACGAUUCGAUCGGCAACAAGCAACGUGCCGAAGAGUUCGCCCGGAAGCGGGACGGGCUCAAAGAGCGGAAUCAUAUGGAGACUGCCUUUCAAAGCAUCAAGUUCCCUGGGUGGAUUGGACCGAAAUUCCCGCCUGUUUGGGGAUUAUUUGGGGAUGCGACUGCUUCAAUAGCCGGGACUGAAGAAGAUAGAGUCAGGCUGGAGGCGUUGACAACCCUAGUACAUACACUAUCCUCAGGUAUCCGGUAG